GUCACCGCGGCUGCCAUUUUGAUUCAAUGUACUUUGGGCGCUUCGGGAUGGUGUGAACUGAAGCUCCGCGAUAUAUUGUUGCGUUUAACAUCAAUACUUCCAAGUUAAUCAAAAUGCUUUCCGCAGCCCAGUUGCUCGACGAGUUAAUGGGCAGAGAUAGGAAUUUGGCCCCCGACGAGAAGAGAUGUAACGUCAAAUGGGACGACGAGAGCGUAUGCCGAUAUUACCUUUGUGGCUUCUGUCCAGCCGAAUUAUUUACAAACACGCGCUCCGAUUUGGGCCCCUGUGAGAAAAUCCAUGAUGAAAAUCUUCGGAAAGUAUAUGAAAAGAGUUCACGUUACAUGAAGGAGGGAUACGAGCGGGAUUUUCUGCGCUAUCUGCAGUCGCUCCUAGCUGAAGUGGAACGGCGAAUUCGUCGAGGGCAUGCUCGACUUGCACUUUCCCAAGCACAGCAGACUGCAGGGCAAGCUCCUGCUCCAGCAGGAAAGAAUGACGAGAAGGCUCAGGUUCUGACAGAGAAAAUUGAAGAUCUAGUUGUACAGAUUGAGGAGCUGGGCUCUGAGGGCCGUGUGGAGGAGGCUCAAGGAAUGAUGAAGCUGGUUGAGCAGCUCAAGGAGGAGAGGGAACUGCUAAGCGCCAACCCUUCGACAAUCGAGAGCUUUGCGGCCCAGGAGAAACAGAUGGAAGUGUGUGAGGUGUGCGGAGCCUUCCUGAUCGUGGGGGACGCUCAAUCUCGGGUGGAUGACCACCUGAUGGGAAAGCAGCAUAUGGGUUAUGCCAAAAUCAAAUCCACUGUCGAGGAGCUCAAGGAGAAAAUACGACGUCGCUCAGAGGACCCGCAGGGGGAAAACCCAGUCGUGAAGAAAGACAGGGAAGAGCGUGAGAAGGAGGAGCGCGAGAAGAAGCGCAAGGAAGAGGAGGAAAAGGAGAAGGAGCGAGAGAAAGAAAAGGAGAAGGAGCGGGAACGUGAGAAGGAGCGCGAGAGGGAGAGAGACAGAGAACGUGAACGGGACAGAGAUCGGGACCGCGAUCGGGACCGAAGGACACGGCGAAGCCAGUCUAACAGCCGCCACUCCAGUCGGGCGUCAGACAGGAGAAGGAGUCGGUCCCGGGAUCGUCGGAGGUCUAGGAGCAGAGACAAAGACAGGGACCGUGAGCGCGACCGCAGACGCAGCAGGAGCCGGGAGAGAGAGCGAGAGAGAGAACGAGAGAGAGAGCGAGAGAGGGACAGGGAAAGGGACAGGAGACGCAGCCGUGAGCGCUCGGACCGGAAGCGACGCUCCCGCAGCCGUGACAGAAGGAGGUCGCGAAGCUCAGAGCGCAGAUCUCACCGCCAGCGCAGCCGCAGCCGCGACUGGGACAGAGAGAAAGAGAAAGAGAGAGACAGGGACAGAGACAAAGAGCGCUCAUCCAAAGAAAUAGAACGUAAAGCAUCCGAGGAGAAUAGCAGCAGCUCCAAGAAAGACAAGAACUGUGACGGCGAAGCAGCUGCCGUCAAGGCUUCAACAGAAGCGGAGCCGAUGGAGACGGAGGCUCCUGCCUCGGCCUCCCCCGCUCUCCUUAACGGCCAGCAAGGGCUCCUCCUCUCUGAAGGUGACACUCAGUCCAAUUAAAACUGAUCUGAUAGGACCUCAGAUCAGACUCAGGUAAGUGUGUCCUUCUCCACACCCCCACUGACUUCCCCCCCAAACCACACACUUCCACCCCUCUCCCAUGCUACCUCCUCCCCCCUCCUCCCGCUCCCACCUUUCUUUGCAUUCACUUCAAUGCUGAUGAUGUUUGUCUGAUGUACCAUAUCCUGUUUUUGAAUAGUGCAUCAUAAGUAUGCACUGAAGAUGAAGAACUAGGCCCGAUGAAUGAGAAGAAAGUAGAAAGCAUUCACACAAAGCCAAGAGGGAAAGGCCAGUGUAGCCCUGAGCAAACAUGCCCAGAGGUACCCCUCGUUUUGUAUCGCUUUUUGAUCCUUCGAGAUGUUUUGGUCCUGGUCGACAAAAGGUAGUGGGGGGGGGGGCCUUGCCAUAUCAUCCAAUUAACUUUCCUUCCCGCAUUUUUAUUUUUCCCCAUUUUGGCAGGAUUGAUUUGAUAACAUGUGUAGUUAUAUUCAACAUCGAUUAGAAAUGGUGAAACCACAACAUCGUGUUUAUCUGCACCCAUAGCCCGGGACCAUUUUAUCCUCGUAUGUAAACACACAAUUACUUGACUAGCAAGUGCCAUGCAUUUCCUUAAUGUGCCUGAUAAUGCUUUGCAGUGUGUGUGUGUGUUUUUUUUUAUUUUUGGGGGGCGGGGGCUGGGGUAGUCAUAGGAGCUUGGGGGGGGCGGGCAACGUACCUAACUAACUGGAGGGUAGGGUUUAUGGCAUAAUUUACAGCUGACUUCCACACCUCACAGCGUUGGUGUUGUGAGCGAGACCGCAUGUGAAAAGGGCAAAUUAGAAAUCAAGGAUACUCUCUGACUGUCAAAGUGUGCAGGUACUCACCCCAGGUACUCCUUUCUAUACCCACAUCCUUUUUGUCAAUGCUGUUGCCUGUACUCUCCACGACAUCAACCGAACGCUCGAUUGUGGCUCCAUAUGUUGUUUAGAAUGUCAUCGUUUAAGUUUCGGAGAGAGAGAGAGAGAGAGCCUCUGCCUGCUUGAUUAAACUUCUGCCAUCGGGUUUAAGUGUCGUCCUCUAAAAAUCAUUUGUUUUGUCACAUCUGUACACUUUCACAACUGCAGAGGAAAUGCCACGUCGCUUUGACGCUUGUAAAACGACGUAAUUUCAAAGCGGUGUCAAACUUUGUCAGACGGUUUGUCAGCAAUUUUUCAGCCAAAUGAUGACGACACGGCAUGGCAGAGGAACUCGGUAAUCUUUUGUGCAAUGUUUCUUUACGAGCUACGCUGUUUAUGCUGAUCCACUAGCAGCCGUUUUGUUGUCGUUUUUUUAAGUUGCUGGGCUCCUUUACUAACAUUGGGUUUUAUGAACAUGUUUGUCCAACAGGGGAAUCUUGAGAUAUCCAUUGGAGGAAGAACAGGAGGAGGAGGUCACCCCAACCUCACCUUGACCCUGGCACAUCGCUGCUUAUAAACAAGGUGAUCCACAUAUGCGUAGUGGCUUACAUAUAAAAUUAACAACAUCAAUGUGGAAUAGGGAGAAAAAUAUGACGACGUUGGUUUUCAUGUCUCUGUUGAUCUCAUAUUUGGAUGAGUUGUUGUGGUUCAUGUAUUUUGAGGGGUCGAGACGUCAGUCAGACACCACUUGAAAUACCAAAGUGGUAGGCAGAGUUCACCUUUUUUUUCUCCUUCCGAAAAAAAAAAACUUCCCCAUUU